UCCUGUAAUUUUGACAAAGGAUAUGUAUGUAUCUAUCCUGAUUUUACGCCAUAUUCAUCAACAGUUGGGACAUGCAGGAAGAGCUCAUAUGCUGUCAAGAUUAAGACAAAAAUACUGGAUAAUAAAUGCUAAUUCAGCUGCCAGAAAAAUCAUCUCUCAUUGUGUUGUUUGCAGACGUAACAGAGGAAAGUUUGUUGAACAAAAGAUGGCAGAUCUGCCAGAAGAAAGAGUUCUGCCAUCCACCGCUCCCUUCACAAAUGUUGGAGUGGAUUACUUUGGUCCUGUAAGUGUUAAAAGAGGACGAAGUCUCCUGAAAAGGUUUAUCUGUAGAAGAGGCCCAGUUUCAACCAUCAGGUCUGAUAAUGCCACAAAUUUUGUUAGUGCAAAUCGAGAGUUGAAAGAGAGUUUGGCUGAACUGAACCAUGCUAAAAUUCAAAAUGCUUUUGUGCAAGACGGAAUCAAAUGGAACUUUAACAUCCCAGCAGCCUCUCACCAAGGUGGAGUUUGGGAGCGUCUGAUUCGUUCCAUAAGAAGUAUUUUAGUCUCAGUUCUUAAAGAACAAGUCUUGGAUGAUGAAGGGCUUCAAACAGUCUUUUGUGAAGUUGAAUCCAUAUUAAACGACAGACCCAUUACUAAAGUUUCAGAUGACUCAAAUGAUCUUGAGGCACUCACACCAAAUCACUUGUUGUUGAUGAAACACAAACCAGUUUUGCCACCAGGAUUGUUCAAUCAAAAAGAUCUUUAUGUCAGGAAAAGGUGGAAACAGGUACAAUACAUGGCAGAGCUGUUCUGGAAAAGAUGGCUUUCUGAAUAUUUACCUUUGAUGCAGGAAAGACAAAAAUGGACAAUAACUAAAAGAUGUCUCAUUCCUGGAGAUGUUGUCUUAAUUGCAGACUCUACAGCUCCAAGAGGAUCAUGGAUGAUGGCCAAAGUUUUGAGUGUAAACCAGGACGGACAGGGCUUGGUGCGUUCAGUGCAACUGCAAACCAAGACCAGUGUGUUGGAAAGACCUGUGACCAAACUUCUGUUGCUACUGGAAGCAUCACCCUGAGGAAUUGGGGACAUGUUUGAAGGAAUAGCUCCUUUUCCUUUUAAAGUAAUUGUGAUAGUAUUCACAAUUAGGGGCCGGAGUGUUGGAGCUAUUUAUUCUUGAUUUCUUUAUUCAUUUGAAUUUUGUUAGUUAAUUCUUAAGUGUAUGUUUUUUGUAUUAUUUACAGUAUUUAUUUGCAGGUUAAUAAUUGUUGAUUCUAUUUAAUUUUUUGUUUUAUUAUUUUUUCUUAUUCAUUUUGAGUUAGACAGGAAGUCAUGUGGGUCAGUCCACUUGUCUAUAAGUAUAGGGGCCUGGUAAAGGACCAGCAGGCAUUUGGGUUUGGGGCCUAUGGUUUUUACCAGAGCA